ACUGUACUAACCACUUCCUUCAGCAUUUGACUCUUGGCUCCUUGUGUUGUGAGCUCCUUGUUCCUGCAAAGCUGGCUGGGGUCACCACAGUAGGUCAAAAAAAAUCUAUCAAUGACAGAGAUAGGGAAUCUCCAAUCUCUAUCCCAAGACAUGUUCUUGAUGACUUGAGCACAUCAUUAGAUGUUCAGAAUUCAGAAGAGAGAUUUCAUCUAUGGGAAAAUGACCCUCUGAAAAGAAGUAUAAAAGCAUCAAAAGAGUCAUUGGAGUGGACACCUGAGAGUCAUGUGGCUGAGGUUUCACAAGAUCCCACCAUGCUUCCAGUCCAGAGGAGAAAGCUAGACCCAUUCCCCAAAAAGAAUAGGCAUCAUAAGAAGACCAGAAGGACAAAAAGAAUGAGGAAGGAGGAAAUGGAGGCCCUGCGCCCCCUCGUUCAUCCAACGCCUUCAACACCAGCACAAAGUGAAGAAGAUGAGGCUGUAGACAAAAAGCCAGCUGUACUCAGUGCCCAGCAAGAUAAUCCUGACCUUCUCCAUGAGGACAGAUUACAGAGUCUACAGGAAGAAGGCUUCAGUGUGAUGCAUCAGGAAUGUCAGAUCCGGUCCGAUGACCUCUCGGUGGCUCAGGUGCCCUCUUCUCCAACAUCACCACCAUUCUGCUUUAGCGGUUUCCUCGGCUGUGUCUGCCCGACCUUCUCAAGGUCUAGGAAGCGAAGCCUCCCAGAAGGAAGGGUGGAGUUUGAGACUUGGGCAGUAGAAAGACAGGCUCUUCACCGUAAGCCAGUGACCCUUGAAAUAAGCCCUUUUCAAGACAGAAGAAAGAACAACAGAAUUGGAAGAGUUAAAUCACUUGGCUGCGUAAUCAAGGAAUUUGGUUCUUCAUUUUUGCAGAUUCAAGACACGAGGACAAGUGCUAUUGUAUGCAGGAGAGCAGAUUGGUGCACAUUUCUGGAGCUAUCUUCUGACAGCUAUAAAGAAAUAUGGCACUGCCCCCAGCCUGGAACCUUUGUGAAGAACUGUCUCAGACACAUACAGUUAUCACCCUCUUGGUUCACAAUGCUCACCUAGAGAAGGGCUUUGACUGUGAUCCGUGGUUCUCCCCACCCUCAAUACCUUGUGCCUUAGAGUCAGUCCUGCAGUUGGUGAGAGGGCCGUGAUGUCUAUUUUAAUAGUAGUUUAGAUGAAAAGAUAAACUUCUAAGCAGAUGACAAAAUUCUUUACACAAUUACGUAAUUUUAAUGAAUUCAACAUUCUGCAAUUCUAUUACAAAUGAUUUCUAAUGUGAAAUUGACUUAUUUUCUAGUUGUAAUCGGCAUUCUGAUUCUAGAAUGCCUGUGAAGGUACUCAGUGUUGGAGCCUUAUGAUAGUACUCUUCUGGCAGAUGACACAGUGGAUCUAUUGUGAUGAAGAAACAGUAACUGAGACUUUUAAUAACUACUGUGAGAAAGAUCUUUAUACUUGUCCUUAUAUUUGGAAGAAAUAAUUAAAACGACUUGAAAAAUUUUUUAAAACACACACACAUUUCAACCUGCAUGUAGUACCAAAACUUGUUCUUGGCCAGUGAUGCUCAAAACUAAUCUCUGGCUAAAAUUUAUAUAUAAACCAAAAUAGAUUUAAAAAUAAAAUAGUAAUCACAUAACCUCUUCUCUAAAGCUACCAUUCAUCCUAAUUUAAAAUGUCUCGUUUUAAAGUUAAAAUUGUGAAGCAAAGGUCUAUACCCAAUUCUAUAAGUCAUCUAAUUCUAAAUAUUUUGUAAUUACCUAAUAAGUAUUUGUGAAAUAUCUGCCUAAGUCUGGACUUAGAAGAUAGAUAUUAGCUCCUCGUUUUGCCAUUUAUUACUCCGUAACUUGGCUAUUUAUUUAAACUCAUUUAUCUCUGGUUUCCUCAUCUAAAAAAAAAAAGGAGGGUAUUAACAUAUCAGGUGUUUUUUACUGAGGAUUCUAUGAGAUAAUAUCGCUGAAAACCUAGUGGUUUUUUUAUAGUAGAAGGCUUUUGCAAUUAUCAUGUCUAUUGAAUUCCUAUAAAGCAAGACAUUAACUCCACUACAUGCUACAGGAGGGUAAGCUACUCAUGUAAAUUCUUAUUUGAAAGGAAAUUAAAUUUAUGUCUGGGGGGAAUAAUGUACCAGCAAAUAGAUUUAAUAUGUGUUUAUUUCCAAUUUUUGUGUGUGUAGAGAAAUUUUUUACCCCAGAAUUAGACAAGCCAAAACAUCGUUGCAACCUGUGAAAUCAAUAUUAGUUGAGCCUUCGUCUUUGAUUUAUAGGGCUGCACAGACACCCAUCUGGUCCUAAACUGCUGUGAUUUUUGCAACCGCUUUUAAAAAAUAAGUCAUUAGUAUUUUCUUAAAAGACUUAAUUGUAAAGACGGUUGUUACUCAAUGGCUGUCAUAGGGUAGUGGUGGUGAUUUUUUCUGCUUCAACCCUCUUGAGUGACACGAGAUAUUCUAUCAAUAGCAACACUUCAGUAUGGCAAUGACUAUUAAUGAAAUGAGGAUAGAAGCGCCUCUCAGAUACAUUAGAAUUUUGAAGAAAUUUUCAUUGGAAAAGCUCCCCGCUAUUCUAAUAUUCCCGUUUGCCAUUUCUUCUGUCCACCUGUUGAAUAUUACACCAAGACUGACUAGGUAAGGAACUAUUAAACUUUUAUGAUCUGUAUUUUAUUUUGCUCCAUUCAAUAGGUAUGUGUGGAACAUCUGUGCCUAAACUGAAGCUAUUUUAUCUCAAAGUCAAGGAAAGUAAACAUAAAUAAAAAGUGGAAGAACCUGUCUGUGCUGUUAAAUAAUAUACAGUAUGUUCGGAGACAGUAAGACAAGCACUUAUAUAAUGAGCACUAAGAAAAGCAAAAGUAUCUGAAGGUGCUCAAGAGGAUGCUACACAAUGUGAUUAAGUAAGAACUGAAGCAGUGCCUUGUAAAGGAAGGAUUAUUGCAAGGGGGAAUAUAGGGACAUCUUCUCUGAUAGGUAACUUUUGAGCCAGACCUUGAAUGAAAAGAAUAUGGUCUAGAUUCAUCCAAUCCCACAUACAAAGAGGUUAAAACCACUUUACUGGAUAGAGUCAUUUUGGAGGCUGGUGAAACCAAAGAGCACUGUAAGCCAGAUCCAGGAUAGAAGCUGAUAGAAACUGUGAAACCGUUAUGGACAGGUCAUUAUGCCCAAGUGUAGGCAGUCCAAAAGAUGGGUCAGGAACAGAACAGAAAGCUAGAAAGUUGGGGUUUGAAUAAAGGCAGAAAUGGCUUAAAGGCAUUCACAAAGGCUGGAAUAAAGAGAGCGCCCAGGACUUUUAUCUGAACAAGAGAAAGGUCUAUGGGGUCCUGGCCAUGAAGUGUUUUUGGUGGAGAGCAUUAGCUGUACAUAAUGCUCUUCAUCUACACCAAGACAACUCUGAUUGGGGCACAUUAGGGGAGAUCCCCCAAGAAGAUUGAGUGUGGAUUACUCAUCAGUUAAACAGGUUGGGAUGAGAUCAGCAUUGGGCUGAUUUUAGAAAAUAGAUUCAGAACUGCUAUAUUCAGUGAUUAAGAAGAAGUAAUGCAUUCCCCCCUUUCAGUCCUCUCACUACUUUGCUUUAAAAUGCACACAGGUGCACACACAGACAGACAUAGAUGCACAGGCACAAAUAUGAAAAUGCAUCACAGUUAAAAUAUCAAUUUAUUAAUUUUUGGUUAAGUGCUACACAGCAAUCCACCUGAAAACUUCAUAGCUUAAAACUAUGACAAUCAUUUAUUUAACGUAUGACUCUUCAAGUUGGUUGGAAAGACUAUCUGUGUUCCAUGCAGCAUCAGCUAGGGUGGCUAGAAUUUUGACUGGAGGGUUCACUUUCAGGAUGGCACAGUCACAUAAUUGGCAAGGUAGUGCUUGCUGCUGGCUGGGAGCAUAGCUAGGCUGUAGGCCAGGGGCCUCAGUUCCUGUCUACAUGGGCCUCUACAGACUGCUUGGCUUCCUCUCACAGCAUGGUGGCAAUGUUCCAGGGAUGAGCUUCCCAAGAGAAACAGGUGUAAGCUAGAUUCUAUGAUCUAGUGUAAAAGCACUUAGAGUCAAUUCUGCUGAAGCCACAGGCCACCCAGCUUCAAGGGGACCCUCUCCCUUCACACUUCAGCCGUUAUCUCUAUGGAAUGACUGUCAGUAUCCCUGUGUUAGUCUGUUUUCAUGCUGCUGAUAAAGAUAUACCCGAGACUGGGAAGAAAAAAAGGUUUUAUGGGACUUAGAGUUCCACAUGACCCUCCCCUCCCAGCUGGGGAGGCUUCAGAAUUAUGGCAGGAGGCGAAAGGCACUUCUAACAUGGUGGCAGCAAAAGAAAAACUGAGAGGGUUGCAAAAGUGGAAACCCCUGGUAAAACCAUCAGAUCUCAUAAGACUUACUACCAGGAGAACAGUGCAGCGGAAACCGCCCCCGUAAUUCAAAUACUCUCCCAGCAGACCCCUCCCACAACAAGUGGGAAUUAUGGGAGUACAAUUCAAGAUGAGAAAUGGGUAGGGACAGAACCAAACCAUAUCAGUCACAUCGUUAGAAGAGCACGUGGCAUGGGAGAUUUGUGGCUGUCUUGGAUAACACAAUCUGCCACAGUGAGCUCUACAUUUUUGGAUACUAUUUAAAGGAAUUUUUAAUUCAGGCGCCUCUGAAUUCCCAAAAGUGACAAGUCUAUUGUGGUAUGUAGGAAAUAUUUUCAGAAAGAAUUGCAUUCUAAGGGAGGAAAUAUUUCUGUGGAGAUUUCAACCAGAUGUGAAAGGUGCCAUGAAUACAACAAAGGGAUGGGGGCAUUAGCAGACAGGUGAUUUAACACCAACAGCUGAGUGUAACGAUUUAAAAACUGAAGUUAGGAAACCCCCUACUCUGCUGAUGUUAGUGAAAGGGAAUAUUACAAAUAGCCAAGAACCUUCAGAUGUGGCUCUUUUGAGACAGCGUAGAGUACACAUUGCUAAAUCUAGAUUUCCCUUUCUUUGACUAAACAACAUUUUUUUGUGAUGUCUGGAGGCUCAGAAAAAUCUUAUGAUAGGAAUCUGACCCACCAUCUGGUCUAAAAGCACCAAAUUGAAAGUGGACAGGAAAAUCGUAGGUAAGUGUAUGUCUCAAGUAUGCUUCAACAUUCUUUGUUAGUAAAUAUUUAUUUAGCGCUUACAGGUGAAAUAUAAAUAAUGACUGUAGUAUUCCUUCAAGUCUGAUUAGAGCUUAGCUGAAAACAGCAAUCAGUGAAUCAAAUGGGAGAGCUUUGACCCUCCUGCCAGAGGAGAGCCAUUUAAAUGAGCUUUUAAAUGAUCUAUUUCAGGACUUUGAGCGGACACCCAGCAAAAUCAGUUUGCUAAAAUCUAUACCAGCUGGCCCAGGUGGCUUUUCCUAGUCUCUGUGUCUGUUUUAUUCACAAGUGCACUGCUAUCGAUUUGUAUAAUGAGGCAAUAGCAUACCAAUGACAGCUUCCCCGAAAGCCAUCUCAUUUCUCUGUCUAGGAUUUGGAGCAGGAAAGAGACAAUAAACAACACAUUUUCCUUCUGAAAAUAUAUUUGUCACUUUCAGCUUGCUUUCUUCCUUGCAAAAAAGACUAUCAAAGGCAAAUUAUAAUUGAAUAUGGCAAUGCUUUUCUUUUUCUUAUGGAAUGUUAACUUGGCAGAAAGAAUCUGCCCUGGCAGAAGAGAAAAUUAAUCAUGUUUGAUCUCUCACUUUACUGGCCUCCAAGAAGUAUUCUUGUCAUUUGUUUUCCACCAUUGUAUUAUUUUAACUGAUCUAAUGUCCUUCAGUAAUUUUCUUUUGUUUAAUCAUUUAGCUUCCUGAUGAAGAACCAGGGUAGUUAAAUGAUGAUGCAUUUGUGAAAGUUAUGUCCACUCUGUAUGUGACCACUGUUGUCGGGAUAGGAAAUCUCUGGUAGUUCAAGGGAAAAUGCUAGACCUGAAGAAUUAGGAACACACAAUGAAAAAAGGAUUUUUAUCUCUUUAUCUGGGCACUUCUUAGAAUGGAGCUGUGGGUGCAUUUACCUAGGAGAGCUGAGGCACAAGCAGGAUUAUGUGACUGUCAAUGUCAUUUAAGCCUUCUUGCCAUUUACUGAUUUGUAUCGGAUAAUUUAUCCAGCCUAGACAACUUCAUGUACAGGAUUAAAGGCUAGGAUCACAGCACCUAAAUUUCAACACCUUCUGAGGCUGCCGGGGCAUAGAAAUUGUGUGACUGGGUUUGCUGCUAAGGUUACUCUCCCUGACUCUAGGCAGAGAUUGAAAAUGAACUUGCAGUUUUUAUUUCAUCUCCUUUAGUGAUGACAGUCCACAAGGUUGAAAAUUGUGCAUCUUCUGCGAGUCACACAAGUUCUUUGACCCAGGACCUAUAACUGAUUGCAUGCACUUAACAUUGUGUUUGGAAGCAUGUUCCAAAAGGAGUUAUUUUGAAGCUCAGUAUUCUCUCUCCUUCCAGUUUAAUUCUUUUUCUAUUCCAAGUUCCAUUUCUGUUUUUGAAUGACUACCUUUGAGUUCAGAAAAUUCAUUCUAAGAUGUCUGGAGAUACUGAUAUGACAUAGACCACAUAAACAGUUGAGUUUUGCAGUGUAUAUGCUUCUCUUCUUUCAGAAGAAAUGUUAAAUGAAGCGCUUAUGUUUUGCUUUAAGGACUUAGGCUUAGAAAACCUUUCAAACAGCACGACUUCUUUAGACAGGUAGUAAUUUAUUGUUAGGCAUUCUGAAAUGGUUUGCCUGGCAGAAAUAAACAUACAAUAAAAUUAUCCGAAAACUAUUCAGGUGAGUAUUUUGAUUCAACGAUUGACAGGAAAAUUUAGAAUUUGAAUAUUUUGUGAAUUGUAGUAGCGUCUUUAGCAUUUGAAGGGAUGUGAUGGCAAAUCAAAUGGAAAGGAAUUUUGAUAUUAGUAUGGAAAAUGUGCAGUUAUGUAGAAGAUACUGAAGGUACUGAAAAAAAGACUUCAACAAGGAACUGAAAAUUAUAUUCAAAAUCCAUGAAGAUCAAGGACACUUGGUGAUUGACAAGUAUUAAUAGAACUGUUAAAAGAUGUUUUGUAGCAAUUGCACAUGACACAUUUCAGCAUUUCUUCAAUGAUUUCAAUAUUAUUUUUUUUGUUUAUGUGCUGAUUGAAGUUUAGCAGAUGAUAUGUAAAAAGCCAAAAGGCUACAUGACAUGAAGAGCUUUAUAAUUGUCUAGCUGCCAGUGUUUUAAAAUAUAUAUACACACAUAUAUAUACACACACACUUUAUAUAUAUACAUAUAUAUACACACAAACAAUAAAAAAUAUUUUAAAACUUUGUAUACACACACGGACACCCACAUUCCAGAAAAUAAAUCGGCAAAUAGGUUGCAAUUUUAUAACUGGUAGAAAAGACACAGGCAUAUUUGAUUGGAAUAUCACACAUUAAAAACAAGUACAUUUAUUUAUAUCAGACAGAACAAGAUUCUUUGAAUCAUAAUUUUAUAUGCUAUUUUUUUUCUAGGAAGUAAUGUGAGAAAAUUUUUUUAGGAGAACAACACUAUAGUUUUCCUCAAGGAAAUAUUUAAGUAGUAGAAAAUCAACACAAUGCCAAUUUGAAUAAGAGUCCAGUGUUGGAGUAGAGAUGUUAUAAAGAUUCAUUAAUUGAAAUUGUGUUAACAUUUAUCUAUUCUUGGAUUUCUCCACCCUGAAAGUCAAGUAUACAGUCAAUGUUUCUCAAACUUUAUGAGCAUUGGAAUCACUGAAGAAGCUUCUUAAAAAUAUUUUUGCUUGAGCUCCACCCUCAAAGAGUCUUAUUCAGUAGAUCUGGGCUAAGCUUCAAGGACCAGUAUUUUUAACAACAUUCUUUGGCCUUCUCCCUAAAUGUGUUAUGAUGUACAACAAAGUCUGAGGGCGAUUGGAACUGGCAAGAUACACACACUAUGAUAGGAUACCAUAGGACUUGAAUGGAAGGACAUUAAUUUUUUUAAAUGUCAGCACUUAUCUGAAGUCUAUGGUCUACAUGAAGUAUUUUUGUCUAGAUUUUGCUUCCAGAUUAAUCUUGCCAUUUACUUUUUCCAUAAUUCCUCUAAGAAAUACUCAAAAUGUAUUUAGAUUUUCAUGUUUAUCAGUUUGUGAAAGGGCCAGAUUAUUAGGAUUGAGUUGCUUCUAUUAAUGGCUUCAUUUUAACCUGUUACACUUUUCUUUUGGCUUUGGUGGCAGAUGAAUAAAAAUUACAGCUGUUUGGAAUACACAAAA